GUAGGCGGGAUCAUAAGUGGCGUUCAGCCUGUCUCUAUCAGGUAUCGAGGGAAGUAGUAUCCACUACUGCUGUCGUUUCGGUCCUUCAAAAAUAUUGAUGUACCGUUAGACUUGAAAAUCCUUAAAUUAAUAUUUGCUCCUCGAAGCCACGUCUUCGGUAUAUUACUAUUUUUUCUCUUCAGGCAUCAUGGGCGAGGUGGAACUGUCCUGCCGAGCUUACGUGAAGAUGUACCUGCACGCCUGUCUGUUUCCGCGGUGCAGCAUCAACGGGCUGUUAUUGUCGACUAGCUCGGCAAAUGGCGCUGUUUGUGUGACAGACUGUGUACCGCUGCUUCACUCCCACCUGCCCCUGGCCCCCAUCACCCAGCUGGCCCUGACACAGGUGGAUGUGUGGUGUUCACAGACCCAGCAGAGGAUAGUGGGAUACUAUCAAGCCAACGCCUGUGUAUCAGAUAGUAGCCCCACGCCGUGUGCCCUGAAGGUAGCUGAUAAGAUUGCAGAGCAGUUUGACAAUGCAGUUUUGUUAAUGCUGGAUGGUAGCAAGAUGUCUCCAGACUAUCGAGUUCCUCCCAUUGUGAUGUAUGAACGCAAAGAUUCAAGAUGGAUGCUUAAAGAUAAACACACGAUAAUGCUGAGACAGUGGGAGGAGACCCGGGUCAUUGCCGGCCAGAUGCUAGAGUCGGGCGAUCAUAUGCAGCUGGUGGAUUUUGACAGCCACUUGGACGACAUUACAAAAGACUGGACCAAUCAGAAACUAAACACCAAGAUAGCAGAACUUGCCUCGCCGGCCAAUGGGAACAUCUAGAUUGAGAAGUAGCACCAGUUUGUUUAUGUUCUGACCUGAUGCCGUUGUCGUGUACCAUAGAUGUAUACAUGUACGUAGAUGUUCCGUGAGCCACUACUAUUCAUUAGAAUGGCAUGUCAACACAGCUGCCAUGUUGGUACAGGGAUGCAGUCUCCUAAUCAGUCUUGGAGGUCUGUCCACAAUAAGAACCAUCAUUUGAUGAAUUCACAGCUGAUUUUCCACCCAUUUGGUUCGAUACAAACCCUAGACAUGUCCUUAAGAUACAGGACACUUGGUUACAUUAAACGUGUGGAUUUUCAUAUCAAAACACUUAAUGAUUUGUAGAUGAUAACACUAAUAUUUCCACAAUAUUUAAGACCAACUAACCUUGAGUAAUAAUUUUUUAAACAUUUAAUUUUAUUUCUCACUGCAGUGUAAAAUGACCAUCAUUUAAACUAAAUAACAAAUAAUUAAUUGGACAUUUUAAAAGUUGUUACUUAACAUCAUGGAUGGAUUAUGAGACAGAGGGCCCCUGGGCACAGAGAGGAUAAAUGCAACUCCCACCCCUCCUUCAUAGGACCCCCAUACGCAGACGAUCACAUUGGUUGUAGUCGUUUUGAGCAGGUUGUCUUUUGCUUUUGUCGUAUUUCCUCUUUGUGGUCAUUUUUCAGCAGUUUGAAGUAAUUUAGUGUCUUUCUUUGUGUUUGUUUUAUGUGUUUUAACUGAGCUCUGACCUUCAAAUUUGAAAGUUAUCGCAGAGACCGACCCAAUGACCUCUGACCUCUCAGGCCCAUCCAGUAAUCCACCCAUGUUCAAUACAAUGACAGAGCUGACUGAUAAAUAUAAGUUUCAACAUCUGAUGUAUUACUUUUAUAAGACUACAAAGCAUUUUUCUUCAGUUGAUACUGAGAUGAACAUUAUGUUAGCUAAAGAGAAGCAUUACUUACUGUGAUUGACUGGACAGCGUCUUGGUUUUGGCAUUUCUUUCAUCAGAAUCCAAAAACCACAAAUAUCUGGCACUGUCUACUAUUUGAAUUGAUCACAGGUCACUGCCCCUGAUGCGAUAUGGCGGCCAGAUGAGCUGCAUCUCCGUGUGUGUGUAUAUAUAUAUCUAGGGUCGUGCACACCUGUGAUUUUUAAGACCAAACAACCACACAGGAGUGUAGGAUUGUUUAUUUUUAACAGGGUUGUGACAUAGAACAUGCAUAAAUAAAACAAUUAUAGUCUGGUGGAUCUCUGCAGUCCUCCACCACCUUGUGGUCCAAUACCCUGCUGACUUAAAUCCACACUAAGAAACACCUUAGGGCUGCAGUACAGUUCAGUUUCUUGAAGCAAAAAAGGUUCAGCUUCUGCCAGACUAGCAGGUGGACAGUCAAGUUUAAGA